GCCGGACGCACACGCCUCCCUCCGUGAUAGUGCAAAGGCAGAGGAGAGGGGCGCUGCUUCCUCGCCACAAGACAUGUGACUUGCUACACACUGCCUGUCGUCUUUACAUGACAUCACGUCAUCUGUGCACCAUUUGUUUUUGUAUAUAUAUAUUUUUUUAAGUAACACAGAAAGUCGUCUCUUCCGUGUGUUCUCCCCUCCUUUCACGUUUCUUCCGCGAGUCACAUGAUUGGAAAAUAACAGCGUGUUCGCCUGCUUCAUUGGUUGCGAAAUCCCUCAGCACACAGGUUGCAAAGUGCUUCCGUUAUGACAAGCUGCUGUGUAGAAGAUGUCCACAUUGUCUGCGACUGGUAUGAAUAAUGUUGGUCAUGGAGAAAGCAAAGUGUUUGUGUCAGCCCGUGAGCUGCAGCUGGACUCCAGCACAGAGGACUCAAGCAGCAGCCUGCUGAUCGAGGGCAGGCAUGACUCCUCCCACCCCUCCAGAUUCAACGGGACAGCGCUCGGCCCCGCACAGGACCAUGGUACUGACCUCCCCUUGCAGGAUCUCUCCGCCAGCCCUCUGAACUGUGCCCUGGCCAUGGACCCUGCUGACAGGAUGAAUGACCAAGUGACUGCCGACACCCUGGCUGCUAACACAGUACUGCCCCGUCCCCCGUCCCCCAUCUCCCCGGCAGGAUGUCAGCCCGUGAAGCGCAAGAAGGGCCCGGCCCCGAAGAUGCUGGGGAACGAGGUGUGCAGCGUGUGCGGGGACAAGGCCUCGGGCUUCCACUACAACGUGCUGAGCUGUGAGGGCUGCAAGGGCUUCUUCCGCCGCAGCGUCAUCAAGAGCGCGCAGUACGCCUGCAAGAACGGCAGCCAGUGCGAGAUGGACAUGUACAUGCGCCGCAAGUGCCAGGAGUGCCGGCUCCGCAAGUGCAGGGAGGCGGGCAUGCUGGAGCAGUGCGUGUUAUCGGAAGAGCAGAUCCGGUUAAAGAAGAUGAAGAGGCAGGAAGAUGAAACAGCCAGGACGUCGACCCUGCCUCAGAAUCACUUUCCAGGGGCAGAAGCACCGAAGCUCACACCUGAGCAGUUGGAGAUGAUCGAGAAGCUGGUGGCAGUUCAGAAGCAGUGUAAUAAGAGCUCUUUCAUUGACCGCCUCAAAGUAACGCCAUGGCCCCAGAGCCAGGACCCGCUGAACCGGGAGGUGCGGCAGCAGCGCUUUGCUCACUUCACAGAGCUGGCCAUCAUGUCUGUGCAGGAGAUCGUGGACUUCGCCAAGCAGCUGCCUGGCUUCCUGGAGCUCACCCGCGAGGAUCAGAUCGCACUGCUCAAGACCUCCACCAUCGAGAUUAUGCUGGUGGAAUCAUCCAGGAGAUACAACCCAGCCAUGGAGUGCAUCACCUUCCUCAAGGACUUCAGCUACAACAAGGAAGACUUUGCAAAAGCAGGUCUGCAGUUGGAGUUUAUCAACCCCAUCUUUGAGUUCUCCAAGGGGAUGAACGACCUGCAUUUAGAUGAAGCAGAGUUCGCUCUUCUGAUCGCAAUCAACAUCUUCUCUGCAGACCGCCCGAACGUGCAAGACCACGAUUUGGUGGAACGGUUGCAGCAGCCGUACGUCGAUGCACUUCAUUCCUACACCAAGAUCAAGAGGCCAAAUGAUCACCUGAUGUUCCCCCGCAUGUUGAUGAAGCUGGUGAGCCUUCGCACCCUCAGCAGUGUCCACUCGGAGCAGGUCUUCGCUCUGCGGCUCCAGGACAAGAAGCUGCCGCCUCUCCUGUCUGAAAUCUGGGACGUCCACGAAUGACCAACGGCACCUCCUUGCCUCCGCACUGCAUCCCUGGAGCCUCCCCCCAGAAAACUGACAAGAACUGCAGCAGCUGGGUGUGCCUCUUUUUCUUCUGUUUCCUUGGAGUGGAAUGAGGCUGUGCGAUGCCAUGCGGUUACUCUCCAUAGCCCCAGAUCUCAAGAAACAUUGUCUUAAACCCUGGGCAAAGCCAGACCACAACUGUAACAACAGACACAAAGAAAGCAGGCACAUGUACAGCAAGGCAAAGCAAGGACAUCGCAGUUCUGGCUGCACUCAGUUAUUUUAUAUUCCCUUGCCUUCACCUUCCAGUUCCAGAUACAUACUAACCUUGCGUACCGCACCCCUCACUGCUGCGUUUUCCACCAUUGGAUGUAGACACAGUCAGGUGUUGCUUGAUCCGGAGAGACAGGAAAGAGUUGAUUCCUGGUCCUUCUCACUCGGAGCCUGUGGUGGCACAGGAGAUUCGCUUCAUUGCAUGCUGCUUGUUCCACGGGCUUGCCACCUGUCUCUAGCGGGAGCUGUGGGGUUGAGCAACUACAGCUUAUCUCUGAGGAGUUCGUUUUCAAGCAGGAUUUUCACUACUCCAGAGUAUUUAUUUUAUAAAUAAAAACUCUUGGAUGAGUUAGCCCUGGUCAAGGCAAAAAACCCACACACUAAUUCAGAGACUGUGUAGGUCAUCACACUUUGUGGAAUUAAUAGUGUGUACAACCUUAUGGAGACCUUUCAAAGACUGUUAAUGCAGUAUAGAUUUACACAUGCUUACACAUAUGUGCAAGCAGGCCUUUUUUUGUUAAAGUAAAUAAAUAAAUAAAAUACAUUGAAAAAAGCAGGCCAGCACCAUUUUGCUUGAGAGCAAGUAUUUCCUUACUAUUACUGUGACACUAAAGAAAAAUAAAGUUGCAGGAGACUGCAAUAUUGUGACGUUUUGCUUAUUUGUUCACCACUGGUAUCCACUCAAGACGUACAGGAGACAGAAAUACGGUGACAUGGCGCUGGAACCCAGUGGUAAAUCGUGUGGGUGGAGGCUACAGGAAGGCUUCCUGGGUUUCUGGGCUUCAGUGCAGUCUGUCAGGACAAAGCCAAAAAAAGCCAUUCAAAAUCCUUUCCAGUCUGCAGCUGCUCCAACAAGACCAGGCUGCGUCAUAGAAAUGACAUGGUGUUCUUUAGAGCAAGUCGUUUGAUUUCAUUUGAUUGCAUUUCCUACCUUUCCUUUGCCUUUUUCUGAUGUUUGCAAUCCUGAUGAGUGCUUUUGGGUUCUGUUGAUCCAAUACUUAGGUAUUCCAACUGCCUCGUACUCCACAGACUUCCUCACUCAACUCAGAUCAUGUAACAAAAGUGCCUUUUCGAGGUCUGCUCAGUACUAAGCAGUUUAUCCAGACAAGCAGGAGGCAAGUUCGAAUCCAGGGAAAGGUAGAUUCAGCAAAACAUUACGAUUACUAAAUGAAGGAGCAACAGAACCCAGGACCACACAUCAUAAAAAUACAAGGGACACGUGGAACAAGGAAACAGAAUGGCAUUUGAAGCUGCUUGCUCUUUUAUUAGGAAUGCUUAAGCAAGCCGUUAAGAAGCCAUUGCUCGUAUCAUGUGCCGAUUGGGGAUUCUGAUCGCUCUACACUGUAUAAUGUGUUGGAGGAAGGACAGCAAGUUCAAGUUAGGAGCGCUGCCCAAAGAUUUUUCCUGAGCAUUUGCUUUUUAGGAAUUCAGUAGGAGUGAAUACAUUAUUGUUCGUUGGCGUGGACACUUUUUGUUACACACCAACCUGCAGUCCAUGUCUUCUUCCCAAAACAUAACCCUACCAGCUGCGGCUCCUUGGUUGGGUAUUGCCUUCGACAGUGCACUAGGACUUAAGAGGAGCUGUGCAGGUGUUGUCUGCCAUCAAAGAACGUGAAACUCCAUGUAAAAAACAAACUAAGGAAUGAAAUAAAAGGGAACACUGAACACAACGGGUUACAGUGGGCUAUGGCCAACAUUUAUCAAUGCAAAAUAUUGUUUUUCUUCAGUGUGUUAACAUAUGGAAGGGUUGUUGUUGUCUUGCACUUUUUUUAGUCUGUUUUAACCAGGGGAUUCUGAUAUUUAGUAAACAGGGCUCCAGUCACUGAACUUGGUAAAGGAAUGUUUAUUUUCAAAGUCCGUUUUGAUUCAUUAAUUCAAGUUUUCAGUUUUUUUUAACGAUGGUUAAUGUAAGAUAAUGUUUUUAAACACAUUUAACCUGCGAAUAGGGCCCGCAGUCCAGCCAGCAGUAUGCCCGCAGACUGACAUUGCAAAUCAAAGAGGGGUGAUUCAUUAGUGCCACUUCUACAAGUUGACAAACACAUGUCUCCCCUCAAGGCAACUUUUAGCAUUAAUAAAUUGCACAGAAUAGCAGUUAGUUAUGCAAUAGCAGUUCAAAACCACUGUAGUAAAACCACUCUGUCUCUUCUAAACAACAAAUUACUGAAGUCAGUGUUUGUCCAUUUAAAUUGGCUUCAUAUGAAGGCAGUUGAACAAUCACAAGAAUUAUUAUGUCUCUAAAAUUGACAUAAUUGGAAUUGGGAAUUGAUUUUAAAAAAGGAAUUGGAAAUGGUAUUGGUAAUUGAAAAACAGGAAUUGACCCCAACCCUGGUGUAACCAUUAACUUGUCCCCCUGGUGUAACCAUUAACUUGUCCCCCUGGUGCAGGGAAGAAAUACAUCAGAGCACAAAUGUAUGCUUCUAAACUGCAAGUUGCUCUUAGUUCUCUUCAACUAAGUAGAAGAAAAACAGCAUAUAUAUAUUCUUAUAAAUCAUAGGCAUAUAUUCCACAGUACAGUUUGUACAGUACUUGUCUUUUCAAAUGUUUCCUCGUUCAGGUUGUCCUGAACAUUGUGUUACAGCUGCUAUAAUUUCAAGGAAAGAAUUGCAAAAAUUAUAGGUUUCUCAGGCACAGUUCCACUGAAGGAUGACAAGAUAUUUAUUUCCAUAUCUUAGAAGAAUAAUGCAAGAUGUUUGAGUGACAGUUCCUGUACACCCUUUGCAGUUCAAUUGCAGCUGGCUGCAAGGAGGAACAAGAGAAAGUAUCUGCCUGUGUUUUUGUUUCAGCAGGAAACUCCUAAGGUACUGUAGUAGUAAGCAAUGCUUUAAAACCCUCAUUAUCGUAGUAUGAGUCUCCCUCGUUGUCUACAGCACACUUGUUCAUUUACAAGAAGUUAUUUUUGGUUGUCUGUUUGUGUAGAGUGCAUUAAGCCUAUAGCAUGAGUGUGGGGUGCAGGUGGGACCCAUAUAGCUGCAACACAGGAAGCCAGAAUGGCCUUUGUAGUGCUGUAACAAAUUACAAAGCCAACGCAAAAAUAACUUUUGGAAUAUGAAUAGAUAUAAAUAAUAAGGAGUCCUUUUGAGACUAGUAUCACACCAAAAGGGGGGGGGGGGGCUUUCAAAGCACUGGUUACAACUACUUGAGGGGGAUUAUAUCUUAAGGUUUUCCCUUGUAAAGUGCAAACCUAUGGGCAUACAUUGUAUUGGAGAUACUACUGAAAUACCACAAGCUAAGGGGAAAUAAGACACAGAAGGCUGUAAACUAUAAAUAACCCUGUAGUGUUUUAAUGUUGUUCUCUACAUUUGUCAUUAAUUUAUAUCUUGUCUGACUUCUUUAGUGAAACUGCAAUAGAUGUUGAAAUAGAAAAAAGUAUAUAUUUAAUAUUUUUGUUUGAAACGCCUUCAAUCCUUCUACGUUCUGCUUGUUUAACUGUAUAAUGUUUAAUGAUGCUUAAAAAAUAAAUAAAGUCUAGCCAAAAGAUCA